AUGGCCACAAAACAGCAUUGCAGCACGAUAACACGUUUACAAACCAACAAAAUAUCUUAUAUUGAUUCUAAUGCAUUCUCAGGCCUGAUAAAAUUACAAUCACUAGGACUAUCAAGAUCAUAUCCAUUAAAGCUUUAUAGCAAAAGUAAAUUAGCUAGCAGUGGAAGGAAGGCCACAGUGAUACAUAGCUUGGAUUUGACCAACAACUUUCUAUUAGAAAUAAGACACCUAGAGUUUGGGGACUGUAGAACCCUAUUUGUAAGGAAUAACAAGCUAAAGAAAUUAGAUUUUAUAAGAUCACUAUCUCAACUUAUUGUGGUAUCGUUAACAUCGAAUCGUAUAACAUUCGUAAACGUUCAAGAUUUUGCAAAAUUAACAAGUCUGAAAGAGCUGCAUCUGCAACAUAACCAAAUAUCGGAACUUUAUCCUAUUUUGAAAGGAUUGCAAAACAUACGAAUAUUAAACUUAAAUUCUAAUCGCAUUGAAGAUAUUGCAAAGAUCUUUAAUGUCACAUUACCGUACCUCAGCCAAUUCGAUUUAAGUAAUAACAAAGUAACCUUGUCUGAUCAAGACGAAUUGGGAUUAACUUUUCUUGAAAACCUCAAUUUAGCUGGAAACAAGAUUACGUACUUGAAUUGCUCAGGAUUGCCUCCUGUACUCAGAUCUCUAAAUUUAGCAUAUAACAAUAUCCUAGAAUUUGACGGCAACUGUGAUCGCUUAUUCUAUCAAGUCACUAAAAUUGAUAUGAGCUACACCAAUCUGAUUGCAAAUGGAAUAGAUGUGCAGAAAGACUUUCUAGAUAAAUUGAAUUUAGUUAACGACUUAGAUGUAAGCGAUAAUCCAAUAAUAUUAAACACCUUCGUAAGAGAUUUAUAUGAACGUGUCGGGCCAUUUCUAAUUGGGAUUCAUCUAAAUAAAUGCAACAUUUCAGCCAUCCCAGAAAAAGCGUUUGCAUUUGAUUAUCUUAGAGUUUUAUCAUUAAAUGGCAACAACUUACGUGAAUUUGAUAUGUUUGAUGUCUCUGGCAACGAUUUAAAUUUAAUAACGGAACUGUAA